AUGGAUUCCUCUGAAAGCCUGUGGACAGAUGAAGACUUCCAGUGUAAAACGAUGGCAAGAUCUCACGCCGCAUCUGCAGUGCACUGCAAACUGGACUUUUGUAAACCUUUUAGUGGGAGAGAGAGAGUGGGAGGAGAAGAAGCUCUGCCAGCAGGGAGUGGUCGGCCGAGGGAAAGGAAUGAAAAACUAAAAAGAGGUGUUGUUUCAGUCACACCUGACAGCUCUCCGAACACACUGCGUCCCGAAUCAAAGAGCAAACCUGCGGCCACAGAGAGAGAAACCAGAGCGGAAAUGAGGGACACGGCGAAGAAAGGAAACGGAGAGAAGAGAACUAUGGAUGUCUCAUGUUCAGCCAAUGGGAAAAAAGCUACUGGAAGCAAAAAAGAUGAUGAUGGAUCGUUUCCAGUGAAGAUUCAGGGUGCGGGUGUCGAACCCUUCGAGCUGCAGGUCCAUGGAUUCUGGCUGGUCCAGGAUGCCAUCGUGACCCUUCUGGGCCGAGAGGAGGUGGCACCGCGCACGUCUGUCACUCUGGCCCUUUCAGGUGUGACCCUCGACCCCAUGACGGAGCUCCAGGACGUCAAGGGCUUCAAAGCUGGAGUCACUCUCCGUCUAGUGGAAGAGCCGUACUCGCCUCGAUCGGCACAGGCUCAUCUGGCACGAGUGCAGGAGAUGCUGAAAGCUGUCAGACCCCAAGAUGCCUUGAUGGAGGGCCGAUCUCCCGCUGUACUGAACACACUCACCCAAACGGCUGAAGCCCCUCCCACUCUACACUCGUCAAAGAACAAACGAGCCAAUAGUAAGACAGAGCAGUCUGCUGAAGUCCAGCCCCCUCCAGCUUACAUUCUGCCUGGAGUUUCAGAACUUCCUCCUUUGACGACCCUGCUGCCCACCAACACACACAGUGAAGCUCCCAGUUACCUGCUGGACCUGUCACUCAGCUGUUGGAACCCUCCCCCUGGUUUCCGGAAGCUGCAAGGUGACUUCAUGUACAUCAGUGUCCACACUCUGGAGGGCAAGCAGUGUGACAUCACUUCCUGCCCACGUGGAUUUUACAUGAACAGGUCGACCCUCGAAGUGUUUGACCCUCGUCCUGCUCAGUCGACUCCAGUGUGUCACUGUCUGACCGACCUGCUGUCCCACAUCAGCCCACAGUUCAAGCACAACCUGAACACACUGCGGCACAGGUCAUCUCUGCCUGCUGAGGAGAUACUGUCCACUCCGUACCGCACACUCAGCUGGCUGGGCAUCUCCUCACUUCACUCACACAAACCCAGCUUCAGCGCCCGGCUGGGUCUGGACCAGGACCUCAAUGCACAGGCUCCUGACUGGAAUAAGGAACUUCAAGCAGCCAGAGAUCUUCCUCAGAGGAGUCUGGAGGAGAGACUUCAGAGGGACCGAGCGUUACUGCAGGUGAACAGUGCUUUUGUGUGGGCUGUUGCUCAGGCAGCAGAGAAGGUGAUCGAUGGUUUUGUCGACUCCGUCAACGGUUCUCACGAGGACCCGGCGUUCUUAUGCGGCGGCGUGUUCAUGAGUAUGCCGGCACACAGAGACCAUUCGCUGGGAGGAGAGCGGAGUCACAGAGCCGCUCAGCGCCACGAGCUGCGAUGUGUUCAGGCUUACAGCGACCUGGACGGAGACCUCCAAAACCUGCACACCAUCCCCACCGCGCUGGCCGACUACCGCGGCGUUCGGCUGUCCGCGCAGGGCCUGGCCCCGGGUAUUCAGGGUCCCGAGCAGGCUGAGGUUCCCAAUGGUCUUUUAUACGGCUACAGUGCAGGGCCGCUGGAAAAUCCAUCGAGACGGAAACUCCUAGAGCUGGUGGCUCAGUCCGCAAAGGCUCUUUCUCUGCAAAGACAUGCGGUUCUGGGGCUGACCGGGCAUCAGCUGCCCCUCUUCACCUCUGUAGAUGCCCAGGGGAUUCUGGGGGCCGAUGGUCGGUAUUACCUGCUGGAUGUGUAUCGCACUAUGCCAGCUGAUGCCAACUUCCAUGUGGAAGAUGGAGAAGGAGGAGCAGAAACGGAAGGGAGUUUUCCCAGACAGUACCCUCACGUUUUGUGUCGGUUACGGCCGGAGCUAGUGAAGGCGUUCAUUCAACACAAACAUGCUCAGUUCUCGCAGCGAGUGAAGGCUCACAUGGAGGAGAACGGAGGGGUGGAAGAGUGUAUGAAAUCUGCUGAUUCUCGGAACAUAGACGCAGUCAGAAAAGCUUGCAAAGAUGUCGGAUCCAUCAGUGACAUCAUCUUCGAGAUGCGUUUCAACCCUAAUGUCUACUCCCCAGGUGUGCAGUUUCCCAGCUCAGACAGUGACGCCGUGGAGCUACAGAAGAGAUUAUUGAAGGAAGCAGCAUCGUUUAUCAUAAACGACCGGAUACCAGAAUUUAUGAAUGACUGCAUUCACGGCACUGACAUACCCAUGGAUGGUGCUUCUUUACGACAAGCCCUCCAUCAGAAAGGCAUAAACCUCCGCUAUCUGGGUCACCUGAUCUUGUCCAUCAGCCAAUCAGAUCUCAAAGAUCAACUGAGACACAUCACGAGGCUGGCGUUUGCAGAGAUUGUUGUGCGCUGUGCUCAGCGGUUCUUCAGUGGCUACAUUCAGGGAGUGGAAACAUCUAACCUGUCUGCAGCAGCGAGUCAUUUCCUCUGCUGCUUACUGGUUCCCCACUUCAGUUCUGCAUCAAAUGGGGAGGAGUCUAAGAAGCGCUCCAGGAGGCGUGGCCGCGGAGGGGGCGGGGCUGCCGACAGCACGGCAUGGACCGCACUCAGCGGGAAUGAACUGUGGAGUCUGAUCUGUCAAGAUGCUCAAGAAACAUACAGAUUUAAAGAAGGACUAGGGUCAAAUGUGGACCAUCUAGUAGAGCAGUACGCAUUAAAUAUCGCAUGCGAUUUAUCGUGCAGCCCUACUAUUUAUCAACAAAGAAGAAAUGUACAGACUUAUUUUAGUACAUGUAACUAG